AUGCCUAGUUUCCGUGGUCCGGCCCCGUUACACCAUACUCUUCUAGCAGGGAGAACGAAAACCGGCGUUACGCUUCAAACCCUACAUCUCAAGCAUUUCGAUCAUGGCGUCAUCCUUCAGCAGACUCCAGCCCCCGGUUUCGAGAUACCCAAUCCUGACACAUGCACCGUUCCGGAGCUUCUAAACAUCGUUGCCCCUAAGGGAGCGGAGAUCCUCUUGGAUGGUAUUCGCAAUGGAUUGUUCGUCCCUCCCAUACAAGACGCAGGCUGGCGGGCAUCGAAGAGCGAUGAGCCAUUAAUUCAUGCGGCGAAGGUUAAGCCAGAGGAUCGACACAUAGACUGGGUCAACUGGACAUGGAAGGACAUCAACAGGCGGAAUCGCGUGCUCGGUCCCCUCUGGAACAAAACCCUCGCGACGAGCGAUCCUGCUUUUGGGAAUCCUUCGUUUCAGCGGCGCAGAGUGAUCUUGAGCGAGAUGGAGGAAGUAGAUACGCUAAAGGGCUGCGAGGCAUUCUCUCUUGUUCCCGGUUUGCCUUUUGUGGAUAGCGCACAUCCGAUUGAUCGCGAACAAGGGAAGGGGCUGUACGUGUUCACAAGAGAUGGCAAACUAAUUCGGAUUCAUCAAAUGAAGGUUGAAGGAGAACAGAAUACAGAUGGCGUUCGCGCCGCGCUCAAAGCUCGGAUGCUUAGCGAUCGAACCUUUCACUCUGGCGCUGCCGACUUCACCUCGUUUCAUAAUCCUUUGCAAUGA